UAAAUCGAGACAAGGAUCAUGAUAAACUCCACACAGGUUUCAUACUUUACACUUGCUGCCUACUUUGACACUGAGGGUUUUAAAUACUUAUUUUUCAUAAUUAUUAUCUUUCUUUAUUGUUUAAUUCUUGGUUCUAAUGUGUUGCUGAUAGUGAUUAUCUGUAUGAACAGAAGUUUACAUGAACCUAUGUACCUGUUUCUGUGCAGCCUGUUUGUAAAUGAACUGUAUGGUAGUACAGGGUUGUUUCCAUUCCUUCUGCUUCAGAUCCUCUCUGACAUUCACACUGUUUCUGUUCCCUUUUGUUUCCUGCAGAUUUUCUGUGUGUACCUUUAUGGAAGUGUAGAAUUUACUAACUUAGCUGUGAUGUCUUAUGACAGAUACCUUGCUAUCUGUUGUCCUCUACAGUAUCAUGCACAUAUGACAUCUAAUAAGGUUGCAUUUCUUAUUGCUGUAAUAUGGUUACCUCCUUUUGUGGCUGUUUUUGUCACAACAUCUUUGAGUGCUUCUUUACAGCUGUGUGGAAACAUCAUUAAUAAAGUGUACUGUGACAACUACUCCGUCAUAAAACUGGCAUGUUAUGACACCAGAGUGAAUAAUAUCUAUGAGCUUGUUGCUGCUUCUCUCACAGUCUGUGUUCCAGUUUCUGUAAUAUUUUACACUUAUAUGAAGAUUCUUAAAGUCUGUUUUUCUGGUUCUAAACAGACCAGACAAAAAGCUGUCAGUACCUGCACACCUCACCUUGUUUCACUGAUCAACUUUUCUUUUGGGGUUUUCUUUGAAAUAUUACAGAGCAGGUUUGAUAUGAGCAGUGUACCUAAUAUGUUGCGGAUAUUUUUAUCAUUGUACUUUCUCACAUGCCAGCCGCUCUUCAAUCCUGUAAUGUAUGGAUUGAAUAUGUCCAAAAUAUGCUUCAUAUGUAAAAAUCUGCUUUUAGGUUCUGCUGAGAAGUGUAGAUCAUCCAACAGAUUUGUGCAGCUUGAAUAA